AUGCAGUGGAAGAUACCAAUAGCUUUCAUUGCGGGCAUUGGCAUUGAUCACGUUCUUGCCUAUCACCAUCAUCAUAAUCGCCUUCAUGGUCAUCACGCUCAUGGUUUUCAGUACGGAAAAUACAUCGAACAGCGAGACUUGAACUGGAUCGAUGCACAACGUGUACCGGAGGAUAUGAUCGUGGAAAUUGUGACGAUGACAAUGACGGUUUUUGAGGAAUGUGAGAUGGCCACCACUGAGAUUUUUGAGGAUACUUUUGCGGCUCCAACAAACGCACCUGAUAUACCAUCAUCUACUCAGCCUGAGCCUUCAAAAGUCGAGACAGUGACUUUGUCAUUCAAAUCUGAACCAACGAACUUGAUGACGAUAAAUAUGAAACCAACUUCUACUAAGGAAAAGACGCAUACGCCCGUCGUAGCCGAGCAAAUUACCACUAUCAACAUGACCACGACCAUCACAACGAUUUCGACUGACUCGGUGACUUCUAUCGAACAUGAGCAUGCUCCACCAGCUCCAUCAGCACCUCAGUUGCUUCCUUCUCUGCCGCCCCUCUCACAAUUGCUGCAAGAUGGCCCCAAAGACGUGGUGUCUCAGCUUCCAGUUCCAGUUUCGGUCCCUGACCUAGACCAAGUACUGAGCCCCGGUGGACCUGCAGUGCCAUCCAACCUAGAAUGGACCUCACUGCCCGCCAACGGGGACUUUUCUACCAAAGGCUUUGGAGGUCGAAGUUCCCCCAAGGGCACCAAAAUCAAAUAUGUAGGGAACGUGGGUAUUCCCUGGGGAAGCAACAUCAUCGGCGUCAGCCCCACGGAGGCGCAUCAAUAUAAAUAUGUUGCGAAAUUCACAGGUUCCAAUACCGAGCCCUGGACCGUCAUUGUGUGGAAUAAAAUUGGGCCCGAUGACAAGAUGGACGGGUGGUAUGGCCACUCUGCGUUGACAUUUAUCCUCGCUCCCGGCGAGACCCGCUAUAUCGCGUUUGAUGAGGACUCCGAGGGCGCGUGGGGUGCUGCGCCGGGUACUAAUGGGCUACCGAAGGAUAAUUGGGGCGGCUAUACAUCCACCUGGGGGGAAUAUAGUUUUGGCGACAUUGAAAACAAUGGGUGGUCAGGCUGGGAUGUGUCUGCGAUCCAGGCCCAGAUCGCGCAUCAAGAUGUACAAGGUAUGCGUAUUUGCAUGGCUGAUGGACAAGGCUGCUCUAUUAUCACGCCGAACGCCACAAAGGUGGUCAAUGCGUACACAGAGUCGAAGCGACACCAUGAUGGUAUCGGCGGGGCUGCAGCUCCUGGGCCUGUCCGAUUAGUUGUGGACUUGGACUAUAAGGAAUAG